GCCCCAAUCAUUUGGGGCGUGCAUGCCAUAGAUGGCUCAUCCUUCUUGCAAAGUUCUGAGCGGCAAUAGGUAGCCAGCCUAUACAGGCAUAUAGCAUAGUCUUCUAUACAGGCUGUAAUGAGAGAGAGCGAGGCGGAGACAAGGCCGCCCGAGGCGGCCGGAAUACCACCGCCGUUCCCUCCAUCCUCGCCGGAUGGAAUCACAGGGGAGUCGCAUCUGGCCUAUCCGCGAUCUCCAAGCAUCCUAGCGGCGGUGCCUUUGGGAGGAGACGGAGGGUCGACAAGAUCGGACGGCGCGCGGAGAGAUCAGCCGCACGGCGCGAUUGGGCUUGGAGAGGGAAGAUGGUCACAAUGGCAGGCGCUUUUCUCCGACGAGACGGAUCCGGGCGUCUGGAUCGACGGAAGGCUUCGAUUCACACCGCACUCGCGGUGGUUGGUUCUUCUAGAUCUGGAGAACGAUAUCCUCGCCGGCGACUAUCUACCGGCAGGCGACAUGAUUGAGGUUAUCUUCAGAGCUACAGCUUGGAUCCGUACGUGGUCCUUACUCACUCCUAUGGACUCCAGGGAGCCUUUGGUUACUGGGUGCAACCAAUGGAAGAUGGUAACUCGGGCUAUAUUCAACCGGUUCGGAUGGCGGUCGCAUAACAGAAUAGAGGGCUAGAGAGCUUGUCCUUAUUAUCACCGUAUCGGUUGUUUUCUUUUAGGCCCUUUUUUUCCCAGAUCUUUGUGCUUUGACUUUGCUCUGUUUGCGAGCUAUAAGACCUUUAUGAUGAUACUUUCUGAAUUUUUAAUAAAAGGGCCGCAUGCAUCAUCAUGAUGCAGAGGCCGGGGUAUACCUCCAUU